AUGCUGCAUGCGACGAUGCUCCUCCGCCGCCAUGGCCUGCGCGCCCGGCGCUUCUGCAGCGCGGCGCCGACACCGACACCGACGACGCUCACGAUCGGCGACGUCCUCGCCGAGCGCGAGAAGGUCUUUGCGAACCUCGACACGGCGUCGGCCGGCGAGAUCCACCCGCACUUUGACCGGUGGCAGUCGAUCCAGCACGACGCGCCUGUCCACAGCGCGGUGGAUCUCAUGGUCCAGCGCAACAUUGGCUCGCUCAUUGUGACGCAAGAGGGUCAUGGCAUCGUGGGCAUCGUCACGGAGCGCGAUGUGAUGAAGAAGAUGGCGCCGCAUGACGACGACGAAAAGUCGGCCUCGCACAUUGUGCAGGACAUCAUGUCGAACCACAUUCUAUGCAUUGACCCGUCGACGACCGUCAUGGAAGCCUUUGCGACGAUGACCAAGGAAAACAUUCGCCACCUCGCCGUCAUCCACACGGACAUGAAGCAGACGGUCACGAAGGGCCUCGUCCCCAUCGAUGCGAUGCGUAGCGUCCUCUCGAUCAAGGACAUUCUCAAGGAAUAUGCCAACGACGCGGCCAAGAAGAAGGCGAGCCUCGUGCCCGAAGGCGCCGAGGUGGCGGUGCCGACGCCGCCGCCGACGACCGACGCCAAGCCCGUUGCGGACGCCACGCCUGUCGCGAUCACCGCGGGCUCGCUCCUCCGCAAGAAGCAUGAAAAGGUCAAGCUCAUUCUCAACACGCGCAUUGAGGACAGCGUGUCGGUCGCCGAAGCGGUUCGGGAGAUGGCCCGUCGCAACUUUGGCGCGGUCCUCGUCAUGGACGACGAACUCCACGUCAAGGGCAUCUUCACCGAGCGCGACUACUUGACCAAGGUGCUCCACCCCAAGCUCAACGCCCACGACGUGCUUGUCAAAGACCUCUGCUCGAAAGGGGUCUUCACGCUCAAGAGCGACGCGACGCUCGAGACGUGCGUCCACGAAGCUGCUAUCCAGAACUUCCGCCACCUGCCGGUCGUCGACGCCAAGGACGACAUUGUCGGCGUCCUCUCGGUCAAGGACGUGGUGCGUGAGAUCUCGCGCGAAUUCAAAAGCACGCAAGGCUACUGGCUCAUGGAGUAUUUCAAGUCGAAAAUGGAGCCCAAGACCGAAGCGCCCAAGGUCGAUGCUGUCCCGCCGCCGCUUGUCGAGCCGCCCGCCGACGCAGCCAAGGAGACGCCCAAGCCCAGCGUCUAA